CAAAUCUGUUCAUAGAGUCAGUUGUUUGUCGAUGGUCAAUGUUUGAGUGAUUUGUCGCAAUCGCAAAUGUCAUAGUAUUUUUUGAGCUCAAUAAUAUCAGGAUGGCAGAAAACAGAGAAGAAAUUCUAGCAAAUUUUCAGGGUAUAACAGCCAUAGAAGAUGUUGCUGAAGCUAUUUACCACCUAGAAGAAGCAAAUUGGGACUUGCUUGCAGCCAUAAACCGAGUGAUGCCACAGGACGGGAACAGCUCAGCCGCAAAUGACAAUGACACUCACGAUGUCGAGAUGAUAGACGAUGAUAUAUCUGUGAUAACUCCAAAAACUCACCCACCAGACCGGGAAGACACAAAUCAAGCAUCCACCUCAAUGAAUGUAAAUUCUAAUAACGCUCCCAUUCCCUUUGUAGAACUACAGGUUCAUUGUAAUAAUAAGAUACAUGAAGUCAAAAUGUCUGGGAACGCUACUGUUGCCGACUUAAAAAAGGAAUUGGAGAAGAAAUGCGGCGUGCCAGUGUGUCGGCAACAGUUGUCGGGGCUGGGCGGGUCGCGCGCCACUAGUAACGCGACGUUGGUCAGUCUCAACUUACCCCCUAAUGCAGUGCUGCGACUCAAGGCCGCUGAAACACUUAUGGCUGAUGAUGAGGUGGCAGAAAGGUUAACGACAACAUACGUUUUGCACGUGAACGUUGAAGACAAGGAGUAUACGCUCAAGUACCCCGGCACAAAGACAGUGCAGGAAGUCAAGAACGAUAUAUAUUCACUAACAGAUAUACCUGUUAGGCAUCAGUCGUGGACAGGUUGGCCGGCGGUCCCGGGGCUGGACGAGACAGUGCUGGCCAUGGCGGGCCUCCAGCUGCCUCAGCACGAGCUCAGCGUGCGCCGCGCCCCCAAAAAGGACUAUAAGAGGGUAAAUACGAUAAUAGUUGAGAGUUCAGAUAGUGAGAACAGUUCUGUGGAGGAGGUGGAGGACACGACGGAGGGCUACACCGGCGAGGAUGACAUGUUCGUAGACCUCGUGCAGACUGAGAGGUUGCAGCCACUAAUGUCAGACAGUGUACAGGAUGAGGCGUUGGGUUGUAUAGAGUUUGCGCAACGGUUCCGCGCGCGGUACGGGCCCAACACGCCGCAGUUUUUCGAGGGCACCCUGCAGGAUGCCAUUCAGGAGUCCUGUCUCAAACCUGCCAAAGAGCGUAAACUCCUCGGCGUAUACUUACACCACGAACAGUCCGUGCUUUCCAAUGUGUUCUGUGCACAACUUCUGGGCUGUGAGGCCGUGCUGCAGACACUCGCCGCCAACUUCAUUGUGUACGGCUGGGACCUCACGCAUCCAGAUAAUAAUAACAUGCUACUAUCGUCAGUAACAAACGCGCUAGGUCCAAUCGCCAGUAUGACGAUACGCAACUUGCCACUGGAUCGCAUGCCCGCACUAGUGAUCAUCAUGCGAGUCCGCUCCAUUACUGAAAUAUACUCCGUUAUCAAUGGUAACGUUGGCGUGUCAGAGUUACUGGGAGGGUUGGUGGAGGCGUUAGAGCGGUUCAGCUCUGCGCGCGAGGACGAGGCUCGGCUGGAGAGGGAGCGCGACGCCAGGCAACGCGUCAAGCGGGAACAGGAUGAAGCAUACCAGAGGAGCUUAGAAGCUGACAGGGCUAAAGAAGAAGUAAAGAAAAAACAAGAAGAAGAAAGAAAUCAAGAAUUAGAACGGGCAGAGUCAGAAAGACAAAUGGAGGAAGCUAAAAAAGAGGCGGAGCGCGCGGAGGCGGCGCGGCGCGUGCCUGCGGAGCCGGCGGCGGGGGGCGGCGGGGAGGUGGCGCGCAUCCGCGUGCGUCUGCCCGCGCCGCACCACUCCUCGCUCGAACGACGCUUCCACGCACACGACACGCUCGAGGCGUUAUUAGACUUCCUCGCAUCUAAAGGUUAUCCACAACAAAGCUUUAAGGUCAUCUCUAGCUGGCCUAGGAGAGAUCUUACCUUGGAAUCUCCAAGCAGCACACUGAAGGCUCUGAAGCUGUAUCCCCAGGAGACAAUCAUGCUGGAGGAGCGGUGAAACGAACCAGCCCACUCCGUCCCACGCAUGCACUCACACUGCACUCACUACGAGACCCGAUAAAUACAACAAUACAUCCUAUUUGUUUACAAUCAGAGACCAUUUUCCUGUGACAGUUCCUUGAAUAUUUUCCCGCCAAGAUCGCUUUUGUAGAAGUCAUUCGACCCAUAAACUAUUUGCUACCAAGGAAAACAGUAGCCCCCGGUACCAAUAAGAAGUAUAACACGAUAUAAAUAUACAAAAAUGUUCUCUAUUUCCCUAGAAUUAGAGCCCAAUUUUGAGUGAUACAAUUAAAAUGAAAUAAUGAACUGAAUAAUCUUGCAUUAAAGUUCCUAUUUCAAAAUCUCGAAUAUUAAUAUCGUCACGUGGUCUCUACUAUUUACAACCGCAUUUCUACAAACAAUAACCUUUCUGUCUUUGGAAUAAAGUCCAAUUUAGCAUGAUUUUAAUGUUUUGUGAAACUACUCAUAAACAGA